GCUAGAGCUUGAUGACGAACGCGGUUGCCAUGGAGCUGUGCGGAGUCAACCUAAGGGAACAACCCCUGAACCCAAAGGAAUGAAUCCCUGAUGGUGGAGCUUCAGGCAUGAGUGACAGGCUGAAGCCAGACUCCCCAGGCUCCUGCUUGCACCUGAAGGAUGAUGGCCUGAAUUAUGAGCAAUCCGGACUACAUGAACACUUGGGUGCAGGAGCCUCCUCUUGAUUACUCCUUCAGAAGCAUCCACGUGAUCCAAGAUCUGGUAAGUGAGGAGCCAAGGACAGGGCUACGACCACUGAAACACUCAAAGUCAGGAAAGUCAAUGACCCAGUCCCUGUGGCUCAACAACAAUGUCCUCAAUGACCUGAAAGACUUCAGCCAGGUGGUUUCACAGCUUCUGGAGCACCCAGAGAACCUGGCCUGGAUCGACCUGUCCUUCAAUGACUUGACUUCCAUUGACCCUGUCCUAACAACAUUCUUCAACCUGAGUGUCCUCUACCUUCACGGCAACAGCAUCCAUCGCCUGAUGGAAGUGAGUAAGUUAGCUGUCCUUCCUCGGCUCCGGAGCCUGACACUUCAUGGUAACCCCAUAGAGGAAGAGAAGGGGUACAGGCAGUAUGUGCUGUGCAACCUGCCCCGUAUCACCACGUUCGACUUCAGUGGGGUGACCAAAGCAGACCGCACCACAGCUGAAGUCUGGAAACGCAUGAACAUCAGGCCCAAGAAGGCCCGGAUCAAGCACGAUGCACUCUGAGACUCACAGGACCCACGUGGUCCCAAUACCUUGAGGAUGGUCAGCUUGGUUUCACAAUAAAUGAUUUGAGCUGUUCAGCAGAUUAGAAGAAACUUGAAGCUCGUAAACCUCCCCUGUACCUGUGACAACCAUCAGCAGCUCUGGUGGCAUUUCACUGAGGCACGAGUGGAGGCCUGGAACCCAAGUCUGGGUUUACAAGAACCUUCUAGCCUUUCUGGGCCCCUUUUUGUUCCUAACUUGAAUAGCUGG